UGUCAACUGGUUUAACUGAAGGGAUGCUAUAUAAGACACGCUCAUUUUGUCGGAGAUGAGAUGAGAGCCUGACAUGUUGAGUUCGCCACGAUGCUAAAGAUCUUCCUGGCAGCUCUCCUGGGGGCGGCGUUCGCAAAAGAUUCCUAUGUUGUACUGUCCCCAACAACCGUUCGGCCGGGCAUGGACUUUGAGGUCAGCGUUAACAUCCUCAAUGCCACUUCGGACGUCACUGUCAAAGCCACGAUCGUUAAAGGGAGACAAACCGUGGCUUCUGCAAGAGGUGUUGUGAGACAAGAUCAGCCCCAAAGUAUAACACUUAAGGUACCGAAAAAUCUGAAAAGCGGUAGCUACAAGCUGGAAGUGUCGGGCAAUGGUGGACUGGCCUUCAAGAACGAGACAACCCUGCGGUACAGCGGCAAAGGCAUGUCCAUCUUCAUCCAGACCGACAAGGCGAUGUACAAGCCUGGACAAACAGUCAAUUUCCGGGCUUUUGCCAUGUUCCCCGACACGAAGCUGUACACCGGCGCCAUGAACGUCGACAUCUUCGAUCCCAAUUCUAACAAAAUCAAGCAGUGGAUGAGACUGAAGGACGCUAGCGGCGUCAUCACCAACUACCUCCCCACCUCCAGCCAACCUGUACUCGGUGACUGGAAGAUCAAGGUCACAGCAGGUAAAAUAUCCAAGGAAAAAGUGUUCACCAUCGCUGAAUAUGUUUUGCCCAAGUUUGAGGUAACAGUAGAACUUCCACCAUAUGGCCUUGCAUCUGACAACGAUAUCACUGCGACAGUUAAGGCCAAGUACACCUACGGUAAGCCGGUGAAGGGGACAGUCAACAUUGUGGCCAAAAUACCGUACUACUAUCCUCCCUGGCCGAUGGUAAAGAAGACAGUGGCUAUUGAUGGUGAGAGCAAGGUUACCAUCCCACUGGCGGCGAUGAAGAGGGUUCGCUCUUUCGGUCUGGCUGGGCAGAGGAUCCAGGUGGUCGCUAAUGUGACGGAGGACCUGACUGGGAUCACCCUGAACGGCUCCAGCAAGAUCCUGAUCCAUCAGGAUGCCGUCAAGCUUUCCUUCGCACCUUCUGAUCCAAACACAUUUAAACCUGGACUCAAAUACAUCGCCUUCCUGCAAGUCCAGCAACAAGACGGGCGUCCAGUUCAAGCCAGCAAUCAGAAGGUUCGAGUUUCCACUAGGGUGACUGCUGAGAUCGAAGAGAAGACAACCCCGAUGUACUAUUUUCCCAGGACGACCUCCUUCUCACUCCCAGACAAAAUCCUCUCGGUUCCUGACACAGGACUUGUCCCUGUAGAAGUCAACAUCCCCGCCAAUGCGACCCGCGUCAAACUCGAGGCAUAUCAUGGCCCUGUAAGGGCUUACAAAUCCAUCGACAAGAGUUACUCUCCAAGCGACAACUACAUCCAAUUGAUCCUGAAAUCACAACAACUUUCAGCUGGAAACGAUGUGGAUUUCGAUGUCAAAGUCACAGAACCGGUCAACGAAUUAGUGUACCAGAUAAUGUCUCGUGGUUCCAUUGUGGCUACUGGCACUAUCCACGCAAACCAGCAGGCAGAUUUCAAAUUUGCCAUCCCGGUGACACCAAAGAUGGCGCCAAAUGCCCGGAUAAUUGUGUAUUACGUCAGAGAAGAUGGGGAAAUCGUCACAGACAGCGUUAGCUUUGAUGUGGAAGGUGCAUUCAAGAACAAGGUGUCUAUCUCCAUGGACAAGACAACUGCUCAGCCUGGUGACAGUGUCAAUGUACAGGUCACCGCUGACCCCCAGUCCCAUGUCAACCUCCUGGCCGUAGAUCAGAGCGUCCUCCUCCUCAAGUCCGGAAAUGACAUCACACAAUCUCAGGUUAUCAGCGAACUCAAGUCCUAUAACUCCAUCAACUUUUAUGACGAAGGAAUAGUUGAAAUUCCAUUUUUGGGGCGAGGAGGAGGGCGAGGAGGAGGGCAGAUUGUCCGCCGCGGCCGUCGCCGGCGCAAGAGGUCGAGUCCACCUUGGGGUGGAUGGGGAUACCCAACUUACUACGGAGGAUCUGAUGCCAGGGAGAUCUUCAAGAACUCCGGAGUUGUCGUGAUGACUGACGCGCUUGUGUACCAACGCCCCAGAAACUAUGGCUGUCGGUAUUGUGAAUUUCAAUUCGAAGCUGCUAGAGGUGGUGGCGCAGGCGGCGCAGGUCCAGUAGCUGGAUUCGGAGGAAGAGGAAGAUCUAAUUCUGGUGGAUAUGCCGGAGGAUAUGCUUCAUUUGGUGGGCUCAAAGAGGUGGAACGAAUCAGGACAGAAUUUCCGGAAACAUGGCUAUGGCAAAACCAGACAGUGAGUGCCGAUGGCAAAGCCGUCAUCUCAACAACAGUGCCAGACACCAUCACGUCUUGGGUGGCCAGCGCCUUCGCCGUCAACAGUCAGAGCGGCCUUGGAAUUGCACCAACCUCAGCCAAGAUCCGAGUGUUCCGCCCCUUCUUCGUGAGCCUCAACCUGCCCUACUCCGUGACGCGAGGAGAACAACUGGCUCUCCAGGCCAUCGUCUUCAACUACCUCACCCAGGACGUCGACGCUGUUGUGACCCUGCCUAAAUCUGGUGAAUACAGGAAUGUCGUUGUCAGUGGCAACGGUCGUGAACGAACAGAAUCGGAAGAUCAGAGUCAGAGAAUUCACGUGAAAGCAGGUGGCGCCACCUCGGUCUACUUCCCCAUCGUCCCCGCCACCCUGGGUAAGAUCGACCUGACCGUCUCCGCCCGAUCCUCCCUCGCUGCUGACGCCGUCAAGAGACAGCUCCUGGUCGAGCCAGAGGGAACCCCGAAAGAGUACAAUGUCCCUGUCCUGAUUGACCUGAAGGAGGCCACCAGUUUCUCCAAGUCUGUCCCCAUCACGCUGCCUCAAAACGUCGUACCAGGAUCACAGAGUGCUAGGAUCACCGCAGUGGGCGACCUCAUGGGGCCAACAGUGAAUGGUCUAGACAGUCUUCUGCGCAUGCCUACCGGAUGUGGCGAGCAGACUAUGCUGGGGUUGGCCCCGGAUGUCUUCGUCACCAACUAUCUGACAGCAACCAAUCAGCUGACAGGAGACAUAAAAGACAAGGCAGUCAAGUACAUGGAAUCUGGAUACCAGAGAGAGCUGACCUACCAGCACAAGGAUGGCUCCUUCAGUGCUUUUGGUGAACGUGAUCCAUCUGGCAGCAUGUGGCUGACAGCGUUUGUCGUAAAGACGUUCCACCAAGCUAAGCCCUACACCUUCAUCGACGAUGAAGUACUGACCAGAGCCAUCGACUGGAUGAUUGCGAGACAGAAGGCAGAUGGCUCCUUCCCUGAACCUGGAACAGUCAUCCACAAAGCGCUCACUGGAGGAGCGGGGAAAGGCGUAUCACUGACGGCCUACGUCCUCAUCGCCUUGCUGGAGAACAACGACCUUCCUAGGGCUGUCCAGCAGCGGAUUCGUAAGGCAACCACGAAGGCAGUUCGUUUCCUGGAGAAUGAGACUCCAGCAGAUGACUACGCUCUGGCCAUCAUGACCUAUGCCCUGCAACUGGCCGGCAGCAACAAGGCCGACUCUUUGUUUGAUACAUUGAACUCUCAUGCUAUUGUUAAGGAUGGUCUCAAAUAUUGGCACCGUCCCGAAAAAACGUCUACUGAGUCCCACCGUUAUUGGAGACCACCAUCGCCCAAAAAUGCCAUCGACAUCGAGAUGACGUCAUACGCUCUGCUAACAUUCGUGGAAAAGGAUGACUUCAAUGGCGGUCUGAGCAUCAUGAAGUGGUUGGCAUCUCAGCGUAACCCUCACGGUGGAUUCGCGUCCACUCAGGAUACGGUUAUGGCCUUGCAGGCUCUGUCUGAGUUCGCCAAGAUGGCGUACUCCAACAACUUCGACAUCCAGGUGACAGUGAGCAGUGGCAGCUUCAGACACCAAUUCUCCGUCAACCAGAACAACGCGCUCGUGCUCCAGAGUGUCGAUCUACCAUCCAUUCCCGAAGGUGUCAAUGUUGAGGCCACAGGAAAUGGCAUCGCUCUCGUUGAGGUCGCCGUGUUCUUCAACGUUGAGGAUGAGGUGGAGGAGCCAACAUUUGAUGUUACCGUCUCGCUGCUGAAGGAGGACAUCAACGCCAUCACCGUCCAGACCUGCACCAGAUGGUUGUCGACGGGCACCAGCGGCAUGGCCAUCCUGGAACUCGGAGUUCCCUCCGGCUUCGAGGCGGAUCUUGAAACACUCACCAGACUGAAGACCCUCAAGAGAGUCGAGACUCCCAACAAGAAGGUGGUUCUGUAUUUUGACGAGAUCGGGACCACCCCAGUGUGUCUGUCCGUCACCCUCCAGAGAACAGGACUUGUGGCCAAGUCACAGCCCGUCCCUGUCAGAGUCUACGACUACUAUGAGCCAUCCAAUCAGGUGACAACGUUCUACCAGUCCCAGCUUCUGAAGAAUUCCAACAUCUGUAGCGUGUGUGGGGUGUGCGAGAUCUGCGUGGCCAGGCGAGGGAGAUAGACACCAUAAUCUGACUCAACGACCAGCUACAUCGAUUUUCAGCCAUAAACCUGGCAAAAUCACGUGUAAACAUGUUGGUGCUAUAUUGAUACAAUAAAGGCUUUACAACAUUAA